CUACUGUCUAGUAACUGCGUGGUAGUAAUUAGAGAGACAGUGAGCUUCUCUCGCGGCGCGGGGGCCGGGCACAGCUCACGGAAUGCCUCUCACUCGUUGGGUGGUUCGCCCCGGCUUCGCGGAACCCGCUGUUCGACUGUCCGUGUUUCCGGGGGGACAUUAAUUGUGGCCCGACACUGUGGCGCGGCAGUUUAAUUCUCCGGCGACGGCGGCUGAUGAAGCGGGAAGAGAUGGUCCUGACCGGGCUCAUCAGGAAACUCGGUCAUCAGCUGGCGGAGAUCAGGGAACGCGCGCUCAGGAGCAUCCUGUGCAAGGUCGAGCACAACUUAGUCUGCUACGCCGACCUAAUUCAGGAGAGGCUGCUCUUUCUCCAUUUGCUGGAAUGGUUCAAUUUCCCGUCUGUUCCGAUGAAAGAGGAGGUUCUGAGCCUGUUGAACAGAUUGGUUAAGUAUCCCCCUGCUGUUCAGCAUUUAGUCGAUCUUGGUGCAGUUGAAUUCUUGUCUAAACUUCGUGCGAAUGUGGAGCCAAAUCUACAGGCUGAAAUUGAUGGCAUCCUGGAUGGACUUUUUAUUCUUCCUUCGGAAGUUCCUGCUCUGUGUUCUGCAUCUUACCAAACGAAUCAAACUGAAUUGCUACAACCACCAGAAAUCUUAACGGGAUAUUUUCCUCAAGACAAAAGUAAUUUCCAGCAGACGGAAGUGCCUCCACGGCCAGUGGCGAGUCAGACUGUGAAGUGUUUGAAGUUUUCUACGUUUCCUUGGCUACCUCUGACCACAACUGAUAGACACGUUCUCUCCUCCAAUGAAAGCUCACUGAGAAGUAGUAACCACACUUUAAUCUGGAACACCUGUGAACUAUUAAAGGACGUCAUCAUGCAAGAUUUUCCUGCUGAGAUUUUCCUUCAAAGGCCAAAAAUCGUUCAGAGCCUCUUCUUUCUGCUGAAACUGGCCUUCGGAGGAGACGGCAAACAUCGCCUGGCCCUGCAGUCAGCAUCCUGCCUGCAGCAGCUGUGCGCCUAUUUAAGAAACAGACUUAAUUUCCACCGAGACCCAGGGUUUUUCUCUAGUAAACAAGACACAGUUUCUCAGAAUUCUUCUGUGUCUUAUUGUCAUGAAGCCAGAGUUGCUCGCCAUUCUCAGAAUCCUUCUCCCGGGAGCAGCAGCCCCCGGCCAUCUGUGGUUGGACGCACAGGCCAGCGACCCAGAGGAGAUGGCCAGGAUUGGGACGCAGCGUCUUCCAGUGGGAGCAGCAGUCACGCUCACGUGAACUCCAGGAUCUCGGUCCCUUCGCCCUUGGAGAUGACGCACAUAGAUCUCCCGGAGCUGGAAACCGAGGACACCCUGCAACUGCAAUUCCAGCAGCUCAGCCUCCCCCAGUUCUGCGUCUCCGUCCUGGAAGCAGCAGCCCCUCUCCUGACAGGUAGUAGACAGGUGAUAAUACGAGUUCUGGAAUUGCUUGCAGAGGAUGUGAUACUUAUUGGUGAGGCAAUUUCGGCAGAUAUCUGGGAUGACAACAGCCUUUUUGCUAUAGAUAUGAAAGAGAAACUGCUCAUGGUGUUGGGGUCCCUUGGAGAAGCCAUGUGCCACCACAAAAGCAGUGUGAGUUUGGAACACCCGGAGGCAGUGUUGGUUCACCACAGGAUGGCCUUUGUCAGCAUUUCUCUGUUGGCCGUUCGCCUGCUGCAGACGCUUCUCCCGGUGGAAAAGGCAAGCCACUUGAUACCAGAGCCUCUGUCAGCAGCGUUGUUUCUUGUUUCUUUGGACAUGCCUAUUUCUUUGGAGUAUCCAAAUAUUCAUGACGCUGUUGUGGCCUAUUUGGAACAGCUGAAUUCUGAAAACUACAGUAUUUAUAAACGAACUGCCGAGGCCGUUUAUUCAAUUGAAUGUACUUGUAACUUCCUGUCUGAUGUUGGGAAGGAGGGAGAGAAGAAUCUCUUAGAAUUAGUGGAGCUGGCAGACCAAGCCUUGCGUAGCUUUUCCUAUCAUCAGCAUUUCCCCCUAAUAAAGGAAAUCAUCUGCAUUUGUUCAAAGAUCUCGAAAUCUGCACAGGCUAGUCCAUUACUACAAGGAGAAAGUCAGAAGGUGUUUCUACGUAUGUUGUCUCACCCAUUGCUACAAGUGAAAGUUGAAACUUACAACUGCUGUCUGGAAAUUGUUAAGGAAUGUUUAGGUGUCCAUACUGUUGCUAAACCUGUGUCUUCACUUUGUAAUGGAAUUCAUUUUCUACUCCACCCAAAAGUUCUGUAUGAAAUCUCUGCAUUCGGCAUUCAAGAGCCCAAAAAUGAGGUGAAUGCUGCCGCCAAGGCCAUCCUGCUGUAUCUGCUGCAGGGACGGUUGGUGAUGACGGCUGUGACCUGGAACAAGUUCAUUGAGGCUCUCUGUCCCGUCAUUCCUGUGCUACAGGGCUACGCUGACACAGAAGACCCUUUGGGUAACUGCAUUCUUCUUCUAAGCAAAGCGAGUUCGGAGGGAGGCGACGGGGUUCUCCCCUGUACCACCCAGUUCAAGUCCCUGCUGCGACUCCUGCUGGUGAAGAAGCCGUCGGUCCGUUCGCUGGCAUUAAAGCUUCUAGCAUGUCAUCUCACGGGGGAAGCAGGGGCUGAUGGAAAGCGCCCUUCAAUCGAUGCCCGAGUUCUCUCCCGAGUUACUAAUUUAUUUAUUGUGAAAAAACCUAUUGAACUCAAAUUGGAUGACAGAAGAGAACUGAUUAUUAAGUUGGAGACUGUUGAAAAGGUGUAUGAAAUCUUUAUCUCAGAUAACGUUGACCUUGUUUUAAGAAAGUCAGCUGCGGAACAGUUAGCUGUGAUUAUGCAAGAUAUUAAAAUGCAUGCUGUGGUGAAAAAGUUACACUUAAUUGACAAGAUAAUUGAGUAUUUAAAUGAAUGUGUGGGUCAGGAUGGUGAGGUCGUAGAAUGUCUAGUACAGCCGAGCCUCACGCUCCUGAGGAAAGUUCUUUGUGGCGACCCUGGCCUGCGUGUUUCCCUCUCACAACAGUCUUCUCUCCUGAGCCUGUUAUUCAGAGUUUCCUUGAUAUUUCACGAGGAUUGUACCAUCGUGACUGAGGUUGGAGCAUUAUUUUGCCUUCUUUUAUUUGAUGAAGUAUCAAGAAUGGAUAUGUGGUCUGUUAAUCCUCCCAGUAAACCUUCACCAUCAGUCUUCAGUUUGCCUGUUUCAGUUUUUAGAAGGUAUCACCUGCCAGUCCAUGUACUUGGCCACCAUGCUGUGAGUCCUUAUGCCAUAGUUUUGCCGUUAUCCGCUGAUUGUUUGGCCUUGAAGCCCGUCUCAGACAUGCUGAGAAUAGCUUGGAACCUGUCAUGGUAUCAUGGGAGUGAUAACCUGUUGAAGCAAAUGAGCUCGGAAACGAAAGUCCAAGAAUUUUCAGAUGCGUUGACACUAUCCUCAGAGGACACCCUUGCUCUGAAGGUGACACACACAGCCAGUGGACUGAAGGACUGUCUCCAUGCCAUUGUGCAGGCUGCAGCCCACAGGGAAGUGAGGGCUGCUGUCACAAGGAUGAGUUUUUAUUUUCUGAACGACAGAUUGUCUCUAAAGGGUGGCACUGGCCCGUGUGGCGUUACCUUGCAGUCCCUGGCUUGGCACACCACACUGAACAGGUUUUUACAAGUGCUUCCUGCUUGCACCGAGGAUGAGAAACUGCUAAUAGAUAUCAUACAUUUUUUAAAUAAGUUAUUGAAGGAACAAAGAAAAAAUUCAUCAGUGGAACUUCUAACCUGGCUUCUAGAAUUACUUCUUAGACAUAGUCCAAACCCACUAUUAGACCUGCUGGUUCUGACAGAGCCACAGGCACGAGAGGAAACAGAUGACAUCCGGACUGCUGUCAGGCAACAGCUCCAGAAAGAACUGAUUGCUCUUUUCAGCACCUUGCUGCUCAGUUUCACGGCCGUUACUGACAGGAAAUGCUUGGAACUCUUUUACGUUUUCCAAACGCAGCUGGCUCUGAAGCUGCUCCAGUGUCUGAGAGUCACGGAUGCUCCUCACUUCUAUGGCCUGCCUUCCCUCCAGAGGACCUUACGUGGGAUGGCUCACCUCACAGCACUUCCGGGUUGGAGCUCACAUUCUCCUCUCACGAAGCCACUCGAAGUUUGUGUGAAGUACUUGUCGGGGCUCCUGGAGGUCAUUACUUCUUUUUAUGUGGAACGAGGAGGAAAUGCCAUGUCCUUCAUGGGGAAAGGUGUCACCAAGAGCACGAUUCUUUGCUUGCUUCACUUAUCCCAUGAGAUGAUGGCCCAGGACCAGAGCUCGGAGUGGAUGUCACUUUGGUUCUUGCCUUUGGGUAGUCACAGUGAAGAACACGCUCCUACUCAACAAGGAUUGGCCUGGUUGAUUCCAUUAUGGGUUGAUCGAGACCCAGAGGUGAGGUUCACGUCCCUGGGAUUAGGAUCAGCGCUGACCACCCUUGAAUCUGGCUGUGCGGCCUUGGCAAACAGUUGUCAGAACAUUUCGGGUGGGCUCUGGGGAACUGUGGUGAACAUCCUCCUGGACCAGUGGGAAUGCAGCAUGGUGCGCCGGGAGGCUGCAUUCAUUCUUCAGAAUCUCCUUGUAAUUCCAAUGCCUUCAGUAAUUAUAAAGGAUUAUACUUGGCAGGGCCCCUGCGUGCAUGACGAGGACUCUGGCCUGUCGCUCGUGGGAAAACCCGCCCUUCAGGCUCUUUUCUAUCACUGCCGUUUUUAUGAACAUUUGAAUCAGAUGGUAAAACAUUGUUACCUGGGACGGUAUACAUUUGAUUUGAAUUGUUCUGCUCUUAAUGGAACUUCAGAAGGCAGUGAUUUAAAUGGUUUAGAUGACUCAUUCAAGUUUUGGAGGGCUCCAUCGAGGAUGUCCAAUCAAGAUCCAGCUCCAAGUUCUCUCUCCACCUCGGAGACAAUGGUGACACCUUCAUCUGGGAGUGCAGAAUUUUCACCCCUUGUGCCCUCAGCAGCACCUCUCCCUGAAGUCUCACAUGACCAGUUUGUGGCUCAAGGUCAGCAUGAAACUGCGUGUCCACGGCUUGCUCACGACCCAUGCCUGGCUGCUCCUCUGCCCAGACAGUGUGUCCUGGUCACCCCGCCUCUCCUUUCCGCCGUGUGCAGCCUCCUCGACAACCUCUUGGUGGUCGCCCCAGGAGACACGGCAAACGCUGUCCGGCACGCGCGGCUGGUGGAGCGUCUGUGCAGUGUUGCAGAUGCCACCCUCAUAGAGGCACGUGUCCAGGAACUCAGGGUCCCGCUGCCUUCGUCACCGCCCGUUGAACACACCCAGGCUCAGGUGUCUUUUCUCCUUGAAUACCUGUGCUCCUUGUUCCGGCUUCUGCAGUCGUGUUUGUUGGUAGAUCCUGACCUUGUGAUGCAGGACGAGCUUCUGAAACCUCUCACCACAAACAUCAUUGGACUUCUCACCAUAUGCACCAAAGAUCUAUUAGAUGUAGAGUUAAUAUCGGCAUUUUAUCAGACGUGGACACACUUAUUUAACCUUCUGGCCACACUCCUGAGGAAAGCUGGUACUGCCUCUCUCCCGUCGAUUACGAUGGGCCUGGCCAAGCACUGGGUGGCAGUGAUUGAUAUGUUCUGCAGUUGUGUGGGGCUGUCUACCACGUGCCCCUCCCUGUAUACUGCCAGCCUGCAGUUCCUGUCUAUUCUCUUGACUGAAGAAGCAAAAAGGUGUCUGCGGGAUAAGGAUAAAACGAAUUUAUGUCACAGUCCAACAAUAGCUUCACUUCUUGAUAAAACGCAGGAAAAUCAGAAAUCUCUAGAACGAUUUAAUGAAGUAAUUAUUCAGAGCUAUGAAGGAAAAUCCGGCAGAGACACUCUGAAAAGAGUCGCUGCGAAUGCACUGCUGUCACUCCUGGCGGUCAGUAGAAGAGCCCAGAAACUCGCUUUGGAAGCGGCCCUGAUAGACAGCUGCAUGGAGCGGAUGAAGCACGUUAACGCACAGCUGAGCCUGGACACUCUGCGGCCUGGGAAGGCCGUGCUCAGGAAGAAGGAGGAUGGUUUUAUUAAAGAGUUAAGCAUUGCCAUGCAGCUUCUAAGAAACUGUCUUUAUCAAAACGAAGAAUGUAAGGAGGCAGCCCUGGAAGCCCACCUCGUCCCUGUCCUGCACUCGCUGUGGCCGUGGCUUCUGAUGGAUGAUUCACUGAUGCACACUGCCCUGCAGCUGCUGUGCGUCUAUACUGCCAAUUUUCCCAACGGUUGCAGUUCUCUUUGUUGGUCAAGUUCUGGACAGCAUCCUCUGCAAGCUGUCGGCAGAGGAGCGUCCGGCAGCUCCCUGAUGCUCUGUGUCCUGAGGCUGGCCUCCCAGACGCCGCUCGAGAACACUGCCGUGCAGCACAUGGUUUUUCUGUGUCUUUCAAACUUGGCCUUGUCUCACGACUGCAAAGGAGUGAUUCAAAAAAGUAACUUCUUACAGAACUUUCUGUCUCUGACAUUGCCAAAAGGAGGAAACAGACAUCUCAGUAACCUGGCCGUCCUUUGGUUGAAGUUCCUCCUGAAUAUGUCCCUGCGAGAAGACGGGCAGCAGAUGAUCCUGAGGCUCGAUGGCUGCUUGGACUCGCUUACAGAGCUGAGCAAGUUCAAGCACAAGAGCAGCCCCCACCUGCCUCUCCUCAUUUUUCACAACAUUUGUUUCAGUCCUGCCAAUAAGCCCAAGGUGCUGGCUAACGAAAAAGUCGUUAGUGUGCUAGCUGCCUGUCUGGAAAGCGAGAAUCAAAAUGCUCAGAGGAUUGGAGCCGCCGCGCUUUGGGCUCUCAUGCACAAUUAUCAAAAGGCAAAAACGACUUUGAAAAACCCAUCAAUAAAAAGAAGAGUGGAUGAAGCUUAUUCCUUAGCAAAGAAAACUUUUUCAAGCUCGGAAGAAAACCCUCUGAAUGCCUAUUAUUUGAAAUGUCUCGAAAGCCUCGCCCAGCAGCUGAACUCUUCCUGAGGACUGGGGCUGCCCACAGAAGAGCUGUCCGGACGCGAGCAUCGUGCACAGCUGCUGUCUGAAGACAGGCCGAGCCUCUGCGAGCGGGGAUGCCUCUCUCCUUCCCGAUGAGAAGUGGCCUGGUGACAUCCAGCUCCGCCCCUUCAUUUCAUACCAGCUCUCUGAGUCAGAGCAGCUGACUAGAAGAUAAUGCAAAAAGGCAUAGAAAGUUCUGGGAACAUAGACAUUUUUACCCUUUUCUAUGCACCUUGCUUUGUAAAAAUCCUAUUUAACAGUUAUUUAAUA